UGUACAACUGUUCUGUGUUAUGUGUGGUCUGUACGUGCCUGUGUGUGUAUACAUGUGUGUGUACAUGUUUCUGUGCGUGUUUGUGUGUAUGUAAAGUGUACAUGUCUGUGUGUGUGUGUACAGGUGGGGCGGACUGACUAUUUGGAAACUCGGGCACUGCCCGAGGGCCCGGGGUCAGUAGGGGGCCCCAUGAGAUGCCCCUAGUACCUUUUUCAUAGGCUUUUUUGAGUUUGGGCAAGGACACAGGGGCCCCAUGAUCCCCUAUUGCCCGGGGGCCCCAUGAGUUGUCAGUCCGCCCCUGGGCUGCCCAUCAUGCGAUGCCUGGAAAUGCGUGCACCUGCAUGGUGUCACUGGAGCCUAGGUCCAG